AAUUUUCUAUUUAUCGUGAAAUUUUCCGAGUUUUCAGCACAAAAGAGGCCCUCGAAGCCUAUGACAAUUACGGAAAAAGUGCAAAUGCGCUCAACGUGCUAAAAAUUGACGAGAAAUAAUGCAGAGGAGCGCCCUUUAUUAUGAAUGUUGAUGUUCCAAAAAUUAAACUAAGGAAGAAGGAGAAGGAUUUGAAACCAUGGAAGAUGAUCAGGGAACGGGCGGAGGCGGAACAACAACUCACAUCAAAGCAAAUUCCAGCCAAAAUUUGUACUACACGGGAAACAGUUUCGAACUUGCAGCGGGCGCUUCCCUAAGUGACGACUCGGGUUUCGUGCCGCACACAAAUAGCUCGAUUUCGAGUUGCGGUUCGUCGUCGAGAGGCAUCGAGCUGUGUCGUUUCGAGUUUGAGAUGGCAGAAAGUGAUGCCGAGGUCUCCCAAUUUGACUCUUUGGAUAAUUUUUCGGAUGGCGGAAUGAGCGCGGAGAAUUAUAACACGUUGAAAAAGGGACCUUUUGCGGGUGCGACAACCAUUGAACCGCCUCCCGAGUUUCAGGAUUCGCCGCAAACGACACUUAUGCGAUCGGUGUCGCUGCAAAAUUAUUCGGCGCGACUGACAAAAGCGAUUAUUUCGCAUGCGAUGGUCGAUUUGAGGGAAAUGACGAGUGUCGCGAGCAACGAUGCGAGUUUAAAACGGAGCAGCAUCAUUUAUUUCGACACGACAUCGAGUUCAAAUUCGGCGCAUACGACAAUUGCCAAGUGUCAGAGCAAUGGGGGAUGCAGGAAAUUGGUGCAGCAGAAGAAAUGUCGUCAACACAUUUACGGAAGUGACUCGUUUUUGGAUCAAUAUGACACGGGAAACAUUUACGACGAGCCAAAUAGCGAAUUUUACGAUAAUCACUUGUUAUAUAGCAACGUUGCGGAAGCGAAUUACUCCUCGACGACAUCUUCGACGCGGAGUAAUCGACAUCAUCAGGUAUACGAUUACGAUUUGUACUAUUAUCGCAAACGAAAUUUCACUCCAGUGAUCAGUCAUAAGCGACGCCGGACCCCAAGUGUGUUCAUUAGUCCCUUGCAUCAUCAUCAUCAUCAUUAUUAUCACACAAAUAGCAGCAAUUCUACCGGAAAUCGUCCAAAUUCGCGAAAUUCACUCACAUCUCGUCUCUCCUCGUCGCACAAUUCGUUACAUGUGCCCGGCACGAACAAAGCGGACGACUCCAUUUUCAUUACGCAAGCAAUGUCGCACGAUGCGCUCGUUGGGCGCGGCGAAAUUUCCGAUCUGUACAACGUUCCUAUCGACUCGGAUAUCUAUGCGCUUCCAGUUGACAGUGUCACGAGCACUGUUGCCGCACACAACAAUCGAGUACCAAAGCAAGACAGUUCCAAACAUCGCAAAAAAUGUCUAAAUGGCGACGUAAUUCGACUCACGAAGCCCAAAACGCGAUAUCAGCGCAACAAACGACGUCGCAAACACGCCAACCUUCAAACGUCCAAAUCGAAUACGAGCAAUUUAACGACCACAGGUUCGAUAAAUUCGAACGACAAGCGUCACAGUGUCCCGGAAAAUCGUUUUGAACCGAUGCAAAUGACCCUCGACGAGGUAAAACGCUAUUACCAUAAUCUCUAUUCAAGCUCGAGCGAAAGCGGGAACGAAAUUAUCGGAAUUACGGCGAAUAUUGUCGCUUCAACAUCCGCCAUCGCGUCAAAUAAUGCAAAAAUUAAAUCAGAUUCCGAACGAAAAAGUCAUAAAAUCGCCAAAACAAUCGAACCGGAAGCCAUUAAAUCGCCCCAAGCUGUCAAGCAGUCGAAAAGUACGCCAACUGUUUCAAAAAGUUCACACAAAAACUCCGCCGCCAAAGAUACGUUAAAAGCUAACAUCAACAAUAACACGAUAAAUAAUUCGACUUCCAAUGCAAGUACGGAGCCUUCGACGAAAUACAUGAACGGCAAAAAGUCACAAUUUAGUAUAACCUCGAAUUUGAGGCAGAAAUUCUGUAAUAUUUUUCGCUUCAAGAGUCGACAUGCGAGUAAAAAUGAUGCGAUUUAUGAGCAAAAAGGCACCAAAAAUGUCGCAAAUGGCACGCAAAAAGUCUACAGUGAAGACAAAAGAAUUCUUUUAUCUAGUCGAGCAUUGCCUCCCUUGCCAAAAGUUAAAGAUUCCAAUCCGGAAGACGAACCGAAUGAAGAAAAGAGGCAUAAGAAGCGGCAAAAGUCACGAACGACGACGGAAUGCGAGACGGAAAGUGGCUGUGAAAAGUCGGAAGAGCAGGAAAGUGAAAAGGAAGAGGCAGCGAGAACGAUGGAUUUUGCCACGAAUAUCGAAAAAGUUAAAGAAUAUGGUUGGUAUUGGGGACCCAUAUCAUCAGAAGCUGCAGAAAAAAUUUUAUCUACAGAGCCCGAUGGAAGUUUUAUCGUUCGUGACAGUUCUGACGAUCAUUAUAUCUUUUCACUUACCUUCAAAUUAGACGGCGUCGUUCGUCAUGUGCGAAUUGAACAGGAUCAAGGCUUAUUUUCCUUUGGAUUAUGUGCAAAAUUCACAUCUCGUACAAUAAUGGAAUUUAUCGAGAAUGCUGUUGAAACAUCACGAAGCGGAAGGUACUUAUUUUUCCUUCAUCGUCGUCCUGAACACGGUCCAAUGCGAGUUCAACUCACGCAUCCUGUUUCGCGUUUCAAGCACAUCCAAAGUUUGCAACACAUGUGUCGAUUUGUAAUAUUAAAAUCUCUCAAUGGUCGAAAAGAUUUAAUACAAAUGCUUCCAUUGCCAAGACGAAUACUCGAUUACUUGUCCAACAAAAAUCCCUUUUCGGAGCAGAUUGAGAGUGAUAGUUCAUCACAAUCACAGGUUUAUGGUGAAAACAACGAUACCAAUUGAUAAAUUUAACACGUCAAAGACGAUAAUCAACCCUUUCUUAAGAAAAAAGUUAAAAAAAUAAAAUAUUAGUGAGCAAGAAAAAAAAAUUAUUGCAAUAAAAAAGUAAGAAAAAAAAACUGAUAUUGAUGAAUGAAUGUAAUGUGCGUUUUUUAUAAUCAAAUUGUGACUGUGUAACAUGAGAGGAGUCUCUUACAUUUAAAGAAAACACAAGAAUAUUGAUAAAUAUUGUCUUUCAAUAUUUGAAAAAGUAAAAAAAAAGUAUUAAUCAAUAAUUAUAAAUAAAUAAACUUGCAAUAUUUGAUAUUGUAUCGCUACUUUUAUAUAUUUGGACGACUCCAUAACGAGCAGCGAGAGCUUUGAAUGUGCGUUUUUGUUUCGACAUUUUUUCUUUCUCCGUAGUUCCCCAUAAAAUAAUCCUUUUAAACUAACAAGAAACGCAGAACAAUGAAUAAUCAAGCCACGUACACUAUUAAAAUGAUAAAAAAAAGUCAAAAAAUUAAUU